UUGGCACGAAUUCCCCCAGUAGACACAUUAAAUAUAUUUGUCCGAGCAAACAGUAAAAUGGAGGCAAAAUUGAUGUAUACUAAAGAAAGUCCACAAGAAACUGCAAAUUUAGUUAGUCGAUUAUUUUUUGGAUGGAUGAAAGAAAUAUUUUUUAAAGGUGCUAAAAAAGACCUCACAUUAUCAGAUUUAUAUCAUCCUUUAAUUGUGGAUAAAUCUAAAGUACUCACAGAUCGACUGCAAAAAUAUUGGAACUGGGAACUUCAGAAAUGGGAACAAAGGCAGAAAGAAAUGCCUUACGACAAGAAAUCAAACGAAAAAAAUACCCCUCGUUUAGAAAAAGCUCUGUUUCGCGCUUUUUGGAUGAAGUAUUUUUGCAUUGGUCUUCUCUUGUCUAUUCAAUACAUAAUUCUGAUUGUACUUGUUCCUAUUAUGGUGUCGUGGAUUAUCACGUAUUUCAAAAUUGAAGAGAAUGUCGAGCCGAUCACGGAAACAGAAGCUUUAACUUAUGUCAGCUAUUUAAUAAUCUGUGUAACAUUGUCCGUGUUUAUCAUGCACCAUACUGAGUUUAUGUCCCAACAAAUGGGCAUGAGGUUACGGAUUGCUUGUUGCUCGUUAAUUUAUAGAAAAAUAUUAAGACUUAGCAAAGGAGCUUUAACUCAAAUCAAUUCUGGCCAAGUAGUAAAUCUUCUCAGCAACGAUGUUAGCCGUUUCGACGAGUUAUGCUAUUAUUUAAAUUUCCUCUGGAUAACGCCUAUUCAAAUUAUCUUCGUUACUGUGAUAAUGUGGCAUAAAGCAGGACUGCCAAGUAUAAUUGGUGUCGCCAUACUUUUGCUAAUAACUAUUCCAAAUCAUACCGUAUUUCUCUCACUAGUUCGCCAGAUUAGGAAAAUUGUUGCUACACUAACUGACAGCAGAGUGCAGCUUAUGAAUGAACUUAUAAGUGGUAUCGAGGUUGUUAAAAUGUACGCUUGGGAAAAGCCGUUUGAAAAAAUUGUGGCAGCUACACGUGCCACUGAAAUCAAGAAAAUAUCACUUACGUCAUAUAUUCGUGCAGGAUAUCUGGCUCUUGUGGUUUUUACAAAUCGUACAGUCCUGUUCCUGACGCUUUUGUCCUUUGUUCUAAUGGAAAGUUUUCCAAGGGCGGAAGUGACAUUCAUGUUAUUCAGCUACUUCGAAAUCCUCCAACUUACGACUACGCUGAUGUUCCCACAAGCUCUCCUAUUAGCUGGUGAAACUCUGGUUUCCAUUAGAAGAUUAGAGAAAUUUUUGUUACUAGAAGAGCAAUCGAACGAUGUAAAAGUAGUAGCCCAAAUGUAUCAAAAUAAAACUUUAAAAUUCAAGAAUAGGAAGGCAGAGAAAGAGAAUGUAGAGUCCAUUAGAAUGACGAAUGGAAGUCAAAAUUUGAAUUUGAACAAUGACGAGGAACAAGUGCCAAUUUCGAUAGCUCUGGAACGAGUAUCAGCGAAUUGGACACCAAACAAACUACCACCGACCUUAUGCAAUGUCUCUAUGCGAAUUGAAAAUGGAGAAUUGUGUGCUUUGGUAGGCCCAGUAGGCUCAGGCAAAUCUUCAAUUUUACAGCUUCUUUUGAGGGAACUCCCACUGGGAGCAGGAAAGCUGCACCUACGUUAUAAAUCAUCCAAGAAUACCGAGAUAAAAGAACAGGAAUACGUAGUUAAUGUUACAAAUUUGAAGAUCUCUUAUGCUAGUCAAGAUGCUUGGCUGUUUACUGGAACUGUUAGGGAUAAUAUUCUCUUUGGACAACCUUAUGACAAGGAUAGAUAUAUUGCAGUAACGCAAGCUUGUGCAUUGGUAAAAGAUUUUCAACAAUUCCCCUAUGGCGAUAUGAGCAAUGUAGGGGAAGAUGGGUCUUCUUUAUCCGGAGGACAAAAAGCUCGAGUAAAUUUAGCACGAGCCGUUUACAGAAAAGCAGAUAUCUAUUUAUUGGAUGACCCUUUGAGCGCAGUAGAUGCACGCGUGGCUAAACAUCUUUUUUACAGGUGUAUCAAGAACUACCUUCAUGGAAAGACCAGGAUUUUGGUCACUCAUCAGUUACAAUUUAUUAAACAGGCCGACGUUAUUGUCGCGUUGGACCGAGGCUUCAUAAAAAUGCAUGGAACAUACGAAGAAUUAUCAAAAUCGAACAAAGACUUUUCAGACAUGAUGAAUCGUAUUAAAAUGUCGACGGAAGCUAAAAAGGAAAGCAAAGUAGAAUCUGAAAAUUCCUUUAGAGAGAGAAGAGUUAGUGGAAAGAAUGGUCUCCGUAAAUUGUCCACCAUAACAUCCACAAGUAGUAUGAGUUCCUUCAAUUAUGAAGGUGAAAAGUCAGCUCCAGAAAAUAACGAGGCAAUAGCAAGUGGUCGUCUUCCUAUCAAAAUUUAUAAACAAUAUUUUCAAUAUGGUGGUUCUUGCCUUACACUAAUUGCAUUAUUGUUCGUAGUUAUCGUGUCUCAAGUAGCAACCAGUGGAAAUGAUUAUUGGGUUUCCUACUGGACGAAUCUUGAAAUUAUAAGAAGAUCCAUUACGAAUAGUACUCAACCGUUUAAACGUCAAUAUUCCUUCUAUUUUUUGAAUGGCACAGCAUUGUCGAAUGUGUUCAACUUAGAUAAUUAUGGUCUCAUGACUACUACCGAUGCUUUAUACGUAUACACGUUUUGCAUCAUUUCUUGUAUUGUGACAGUAUUUGUGCGGAAUCUGUUCUUUAUGAAGGUCUGCAUGGUUGCUAACAAGAAUCUUCACAGCUCUAUGUUCUCCAAUGUGUUACAAGCAGCCAUGACAUUCUUUCAUCAGAACACUUCCGGUAGAAUUUUAAACAGAUUUUCAAAGGACAUGGGUGCUAUAGACGAAAUUCUACCCAAGGUAAUGUUAGAAACAAUCCAGAUAUUUCUUGUGAUAAGCGGUGUUCUUUGCAUGGUGGUAGCAGUGAAUAAUUGGAUGCUCAUUCCACUAGCGGUAUUGUUUGUUUUCCUUCUCAUUGUAAGGUCCUCAUAUUUGAGGACCGUUCAAAGCGUCAAGCGCAUUGAAAGUAUAGCGAAAAGUCCAAUAUUUUCCCAUGUAAACGCCACGUUAAAUGGGCUGACUACCAUCAGAAGCAGUGGAUCAAAUGUUUUAGAAUUGCUACAAAAACAGUUCGACGAUUUGCAAGAUGUACACACUGGUGCAUGGUACAUGACCAUAGCCGUACCUGUAACUUUCGGUCUGUACCUGGAUAUUGUUGUGAUCAUAUUUGUUGCGUGUGUCUGCUUCUCUUCUAUUCUAAUAAAUACAGGAGAUGUUCUUGGAGGUAACGUUGGUUUAGUCAUAUCACAGUCCUUAAUUGUAAUUGGCACUCUACAACACGGAGUAAAGCAAAGUGGCGAAAUGAUGUCAAACAUAACGUCUGUAGAAAGGAUUCUUCAGUAUACCAAUUUGCCUAAAGAAUCACCGUGGACCAGUAAAAAUCCUCCACCAGAAGAUUGGCCCAAGUAUGGUCAACUGAUUUUGAAGAAUCUUAGCCUAAAGUAUAAUAAGGAUGAUCCUCCUGUACUGAAGAACUUAAAUGUGACUAUAGAACCAGGAUGGAAAGUUGGUGUUGUAGGUAGGACUGGUGCAGGAAAGUCGUCUCUAAUAUCAGCAUUGUUUCGGUUAUUCGCUGACGGAUUAGAAGGAGAGAUCAAAAUUGAUGGAAGAGAUACCAGCACGUUAGGCUUACAUGAAUUACGGUCACGAUUAUCGAUUAUUCCACAACAACCAUUGUUGUUCUCCGAAUCAUUGCGUUACAAUUUGGAUCCAUUUCAUACAUACAGUGAUAUGUCGUUAUGGGAUAGUCUUCGACAGGUUGAACUAACCGAGUUUGUACUAGACCAAAAAAUAAUGCAUGGUGGAAAUAAUUUGAGUAUCGGACAGAGACAGUUGAUAUGCUUGGCUAGAGCAAUUUUAAGGAACAACCGGAUAUUAGUUUUGGAUGAAGCUACAGCUAAUAUUGACUCAUACACGGACGAGCUGAUUCAGAAAACCAUAAGAACAAGGUUCACAGAUUGUACUGUCAUCACAAUUGCUCAUCGUCUAAACACCAUUAUCGACAGCGACAGGAUCAUAGUGAUGGACACUGGUAACAUAGUGGAGUUCGGUUGCCCUCAUGAGUUGUUGCGGGACAAGCCUAAAGGAAUUUUCUCGCAAAUGGUGAACAAUACCGGAGUAACAAUGGCGCAAUUUCUUCGUGAGCAAGCGGAAAGGACUUGUUUGAAGAAUACUAAGGAAAUAAGUCUGGAUCUUACACGAAAAUGCUUCAUAGAAGAUGACACGACAAACGUAAUCGAGCAGAGCUCUCUUUAGAAUAAAAUUUAAUGAUAUGAGAAAUGGAAUAACGAUUAAGUCAAUUGGGGCAAGAAACAAGAGCGAUUUCAAA